UGGAAACCUUGGUUCUGCUUUAUUUUUCUUACCCAUGAGAUUAUUAUAUCUGACUAGUUAUUAUUGCAAAUAUUUUGGAAGCUAUAAUUUCAGGUCUGUCCAUGGACAUAGUUUUUUUCAUUUUGUAUGGUUGCAGGUUUUUGUUUUUCUUGCUGCCGAGUAUGAAACUCCUAAGCAUUCCGUGAAUCAGAUAUCUCUAUGGGAUGGUAUUAUACCCUCUAAAGAGCAUGCCAAGUUUUGGAUUCAUACAUCAAAUAAGUACCGCUUCAUUGACCAGGGAAGCAAUUUGCGCGGCAAAGAAUAUAACCUGACUAUUCAUUGGCAUGUUAUGCCUAAGACUGGCAAAAUGUUUGCAGAUAAAAUAGUCAUGCCAGGUUUCAGAUUGCCAGAGGAAUAUAGAUGAUGUCUUGUAAUGUUAAUUCUCUAGCUGUAACUCUAACCUUUUCUAUGUCGGUUAGUUCAAAGAAACUAGAAUCAUGGAGAUUGUGUUUUGGAAAGUGAAAUCAAUAGAGUUUGAA